AGGACGGAUAGUAUUCUCCUCCCGGGCUCAUUAGGUCAGCUCUCGGCUUCCCGGCUGGAGAUCAGGUCUCGCCGCCUCUCCGCCGGAGCGCAGCUGCCGUCUCCCCUCCCGCCUCCCGGAGAACCGAGCCGCCCCGAGCCGCCCCGAGCCGCCCCAUGUCCGUGCCGGCGGCGAACUCGGGGGCGAAGAGCCCCCUGGACGCGGAGCAGGGCGCGGAGCGCGAGGCUCCCGAGGUGCACCCUCCCCGGAAUUACCUCUUCCUGACCAUCUUCACCUGCUUCUGCCCGGCGUACCCCGUCAACAUCGUGGCGCUGGUCUUCUCCGUCAUGUCUGUGAACAGCUACAACCAAGGCGACAUCGAGGGCUCGGAGCGUCUGGGCCGCAACGCCCUGUACGUGGCCAUCGCCUCCAUCAUCAUCGGCCUGCUGGUCAUCGCCAUCUACUGCACUGUGCACUUCACCACGCACGUGAUCUGACCCCGCGCGGCCCCAGACACGCCCUCGCGCGACGCCGCGGGCGAGCCCUCGUGCUGCGCGCCCUCAGGGAAGACCGCGCCCACCUUCCGGUUUUUCCUGGGUUUUUUCCUUCACGGCGGCGCUCUUGCCUUUACCUUUGUUGAUUUUACCGAAAGCGAUGAGAAGUAUUUCUGCGUUUCUGUAUAUCCCCAGCAGAGAAGCUCCCCUCCUCUGCUGCUCUCUGUGUAUGGCUGGAGUGAGACACAGAGCAGCAGCAGGAGAGGAGGGAGGACGUUUCCUCAUGGAAAAUUAACAGUCCUGAGCUGCUCCAAAACCUGGACAGAUUUCCUGUCUAGAUCAUAUUCCUUCACUUCACAGGCAUCGGUUGUCUCAUCUUUCUAUCACCCGACUUCGUAGGAACGGCCAGCACGCAGCUCGUAGUCGUUCGUUCUGCGCCGGGGUUUUGUUUAAACAAAAACCAAUCCGCCCCCAUCAUCCACGACCCACCCAGAGGGACCCCAGCUGAGAAGGAGCUGGAGGCACGUGCGUGAUGACAUGUCGAUGUGGCGAAGCGUCUUGCGGUAUUUCUGUUUGUCUUACAAGGAUGGAGCGAUUGGCACUCGGCUCGGUUGUUGUGCACUAGUUCUGUGUCUGUUGUAUCCCUCGUGCCUUCUGUGGCAGGCACAGUACAUGCGAUGCAUGUUGAAGACGGUUGUGUACAGAAAUCAGUGAACGAUGCUGUUUCUCGUGUCUGUGUAUGUGCGCCCCUUUUCCUUUUAGAUACAGUUUUGAGGUGCGGUGCACCUCAGUGAGGCCACAGACCACAGCCCCCGCGGAGGGGGUGUGAUGGGGGUAUCAGGGGCAGCAGAGCCUAAACUACCCCUCUACCACCCCGACCACCCCCCCCUCCCCCAGGGGUCCUGGAACCAGACUGCUGACCCAGCAGAUGCCCUCCUGUCCACCCAGUGACCCAGACACCCACCACGGCACGAAGUCCCCAGCAGCCCUCAGACUGAGACGCCGAGAGGCCGGUGGCUGAUACUUAAAUCUCCUUCUUCAGUUGUUAACGGGGGCGUCUCUGCCCUCUGUGCUUGGACUCAAGGCCACGGAGGAGCCUGUUCUGCACUGAGCAUGUUUGUGCUGGAAUGGAGGGGGGGUCGAGGGUUUGGAAGGGGGAGGUGUCUUGAGUCCUCAGUAGCAUGGCCUCCUGGCUCCUCUAAUUCCCCAGGCAGGACUCGCCUGAUGAUGCCCAUUAAACUCGUCAGUCAGUGCCAGCAUCAAGGCACUCUGUAGAAGAAUAACAUUCGAAAGAACAAAGGAAAAUGUUUUAAAAAAUGUAUGUAAUUUUUCUUUUUCCCUGUGGCCCAUAUUUAAAGUCUUUAAAAACCACAUCCUUCCCCAGUCAUGCUGCCGUCCUGGAGAUGACCAGCUAUUCACUGACCAGCAGCGUCUAGUGUGCGCUGGUGAUGCUGAAGGGUGGAGCGACCCACACUGUCCAGGGGGGGCGCUGUGCCAGAGAAACACAUUUCAGCAUGCUGAUUGUAGCCAGCGGCAGGGCUGACAGCCUCACGUUUGAAAUCCGGAUUGGUGCUAGGGUGUUUGGGAAUUUGGGGGCCAGGUGUUUGGCAGAGUCUUCUCUCAGAGCCCUGGGGGGGGGGGCUUGUUUUCGGGGGUUUGUUAAAUCAGGGCUCCCCAAGUUUGCCCAUUGAGGACAAGGGCUCAGCUCGUUGUGUAGGUGUCCUUAAAUCAGCAGCAGCUCCAGAGCUGUGCCGGAAAGAUGAACAGAUCCAGUUUAAGCUGUUUAAGCCCUCAUGUGCUUAAGGAGUCCUGCACCACCUGCGGCGCUGGACUUCUAACCACCUGCCCUGUCACACCUGGUGACAAGGUGUGUCUGCGCCAGGGGCGCGUCCCCCCGGGCCUGAAGAGAUGUGGGAGCACCGGCUGCACUGUGGGCCUCGAACCUUUGGCCCCGAUGGGAGUUAAACCUGGCAUGAACACGCACAUGUGCAGCAUGUCGACUUAAAAAAGAAAUGUUCUCGUUUGUAUGUUUUCACGAAGGUAUUGUCUUCGGAAGUGAAGUCACAGUUUACACUUUAUUAUUGUGUAUUUAAUAUUAUGUACACAGAUGUAACACGUUUGAAUAAAUGUCCAAACCCUCUGUCUCCUCUCA